GUGCUAACAGCGGCUAACUGGACGCUAGGAAACAGCUGGUUAGCAUUUAGCAUUUUGCCUCCUGCGCUGCUGUAAAAUGGCCGCAGGACCACAGCGUUAGCAUCAGUGCUAAAGUAAACAAUAAAGUAAACAAAGCGACGCGUUAAUGAGUUCAUUCCAGGUUAAUUCAGCUUCUUCAACGAGCUAAUUAGAAGCUAACAGUUAGCCUAGCUCCCGACAUCAACACGGAAUCCCUGCGUUUGUUCACCAGUCCGCAGCCGCAAAUUUUAACCGCAAAAACCACACAUUUUCCAAGUGUGCAAAUGGAAACAAACGCGCCGAAAAGACGAGACAACAAGAAGUCUCUGCGGGUGAAGGUGAUCAGCCUCGGGAACGCAGAGGUCGGGAAGAGCUGCAUCAUCAAGCGCUACUGUGAGAAGAGGUUCGUCCCAAAGUACCUGGCCACCAUCGGCAUCGACUACGGCGUCACCAAAGUGCAGGUUCGAGACCGAGAAAUCAAGGUGAACAUCUUCGACAUGGCCGGACACCCCUUCUUCUACGAGGUGCGUAAUGAGUUCUAUAAGGACAGUCAGGGGGUUCUCCUGGUUUACGACGUCGGUCUCAGAGAAAGUUUCGACGCUCUCGACUCCUGGCUGGGGGAGAUGAAACAGGAAAUGGGCUCACAGGCCAACAUGGACAGUAUCGUGUUCGUCGUCUGCGCCAACAAGGUGGACCUGACGAAGCGGCGGGUGGUGGACGAGGGUGAAGGUCGGCUGUGGGCGGAGUCUAGAGGAUUCCAUUACUUCGAGACGUCGGCGCAGAGCGGCGAGGGCAUCAACGAGAUGUUUCAGGCCUUCUUCUCCUCCAUCACCGACAUGUGUGAAAACGGCGGGAAACGCCCGGCGACCGAAGUCAGCGUGGGCUUCACCAAGGAGCAGGCCGACACCAUCCGACGCAUCCGCAACAGCAAGGACUCCUGGGAUAUGUUGGGCGUGAAGCCAGGUGCCACGAGGGAGGAAGUGAACAAGGCUUACAGGAAGUUGGCGGUUCUGCUGCAUCCUGAUAAAUGUGUGGCUCCAGGCAGUGAGGAUGCCUUCAAGGCCGUGGUGAACGCCAGAACGUCGCUGCUGAAGAACAUCAAAUAGGACUGAACUGCACUCACUGCUGGUUGUUUGUUUGUCGUCUUGUGUGCCAUGUUGCUAUGCCAACCACCAGGUUAACUGGGCUAACCAGGUUAACUGGGCUAACUGGUCUACCCGGACUAACUGGGUUAACCAGACUAACCGGGUUAACCGGGUUAACUAACCCAGUCUAACUUAUUCAUCUGGAGACGGACGGAGGCUGAGAAGGGACAAACUUCACACUGAUGUUUUAGAUCUAAAUAUGUUUGUGAAAUCAGACUUUCGUUAAAUUUAAAAGUUUCAGGAACAAAGACAUUGAAAACAACACUGAAUAUUUAUGGUUGUGAUUCUAUCUAAAAGUGGAGAAUCCAGCCUUUUAAAGUUCUGUUCUGAAUGUUUGUGGUUUGGAGUUUUUGUUGAGGCGCUUUAGAAACGUGAUGAGUCGUUAGUUUGAUUAAAUGUUUGUUUAGUUCUGAUCCAGCAGAACAUCUUCAAAGCCAAAUCAGAACAAGUUAAAGUUAGAACAUGUUCUGGAUCCAAACCUGCCAAGAACUGAACCAGAACCAACAUAGAACAAGACUGUUUUAUUUAUGGGACUUUUCAGGGUUUGUUCCCUGGAACACAGUUAUUAUUAUUAUUAUUAUUUAUUGUGUCAAACUGAUCAUUUAUGUUUGUUUAUUACACAUUUAAACUUAUUCCAUCUUUAUUCCUGUUUGUAAUCAUGGAUUUUUUUACAGACGUGUUCCAGACUAGUUCCCUAAACGACUCGUUUCUGAGCUUUAACUCGAUUUAUUUAUUUAGUUUCUGAAACUGUUCAACUGUUUGUUGCUUUAAAUGCUUUUUUCUCACAUUUGUUCGCCUUUAGUGACUCAUUUUCUCCAUUUCUACUGAUUUAAUCUACUUAUUUUUACAUAAUUAGUUCCCUCAAAGUUCUUCUUUCCCCGUCACGAAUGAUAAUCAGUUCCCUCAAACUGCCAAACAGUCGCCUGAAGUUAUUUCAAAGAUCUAAUUGAGCCUCACAUGAAAACCGUUCCCUGAAAUCCAUCUCUAAUCCAGAUCUGCAGAAAGUUUCAGCCCUUGUUCUCUGAAGCUAAAUGUCCGACAUUAAAGUCCGGUUUGUCUUCCAGGACGAAGGUUUACAUGAAGAACGCUGAGGUGAAGAUCAGACGAGUCUGUUAGUUUGGUUCCGACAGACAGCAUGUUGUCAUAGUUGUAUAUUUUAUAUGUGUCCCCACAGGACUGAAUAAAAACAGGCUGAGCUUUCA